AUGUUCAUCGCGCGAUCUGAAUACGACCGUGGAAUUAACACCUUCUCCCCAGAAGGGCGUUUAUUCCAGGUUGAAUACUCCCUUGAAGCUAUUAAGCUCGGUUCAACCGCCAUCGGUGUAGCUACAUCAGAAGGUGUAAUCCUCGGUGUUGAGAAGCGUGUCACAUCUACCCUGCUCGAGGCAUCCUCCGUGGAGAAGAUCGUCGAAAUUGAUCAGCACAUUGGCUGUGCCAUGUCCGGCCUGCAGGCUGACGCCCGAUCCUUAGUCGAACAUGCCCGCGUUGAAUCCCAGAACCACUCUUUCCACUACGCCGAACCGUUGCGGGUUGAGAGCUGCACUCAGGCGAUCUGCGACCUGGCCCUGCGCUUCGGAGAGACUGGAGAUGAUGAGGAGAGUGUUAUGAGCAGACCUUUCGGCGUUGCCCUGUUAAUUGCUGGUAUCGACGAGGAUGGUCCUCAGCUAUAUCACGCUGAGCCCUCCGGUACGUUCUACCGCUACGACGCGAAAGCCAUCGGGUCCGGAAGCGAAGGAGCGCAGGCGGAGUUGCAGAACGAAUAUCACCGCUCCUUGACACUUUCCGAGGCGGAGACGUUGGUUCUGAAGACACUUAAGCAGGUCAUGGAGGAGAAACUAGAUGCGAAGAAUGUUCAGCUAGCGAGCGUCACUAAGGAGAAGGGCUUCCGCAUUUACAACGAUGAGGAAAUGGGACGUGCUGUUGCUCAGCUGGGCGGGAACCAAUAAGUGAAAUCGGAUAUCCUGAAGCUCUGCUGGGACCAUCAUGAAGAUAUGUGUUCUACAGAGGGCAGUUAUGUUGGACUUGCAUAGAAAAGAACCAAAUGACCUUGCCUGAUGACCUUGAAACAAAUUCUUCUUCUUCUGCCCACAAUAUACGUAUAUGACGCUAAGGCUAACGUAUAGCUCGUGACUGAGGUCUAAAAUAUACAAUGGGUAUCAAGCUGAUCAAGAUGUUGAUCAGCGAAUUUUAUAGACACAGGGUUUCAGCACAGCGGCCUCUUCCUCUGGCGACAUUCCCUUCUCUUCAACCUUAGCCUUCUCAAUGAACCUCUUCUUACCAGCUGCAGGUGCCGCAGCAGAUGCAUGCGGACCCUUCGUCGGGGCACCACCCUGUUUCACAAACUCCAUUUUGACAAACAUCUUGUUCGACUUAUCCACAGACUCCGGCUUGAGAACAAACCCUCUCGUCCUAAAUACCUCAAUAAAGGCCGAGAUAUCAGUCCCGUCAUCCUGCGCAGGACGAGCAUCUUCGGCGUAGAUAUCUUCUUCAUCAACAUCAGACCCUGCGUCAUCAUCGCCCUUCUUCUUGAGCUUCUUCUUCUCGGCCUUGGUAAGGGUCCUUUUUGCGCCGAUCUGCGCCUUUUUGCGGGUGACUUUGCCGAAGCGGCUUUUCACCUCGCUGACCCAGCAUUCACCCUUGCCGUCGCUACGAAGGACGCGCCAGGCUUCUUCAACGAACGAAACCCAGUUCGUGCCCAUAAGACUCAAACAAAAGAUUGCAACGUCAACGGAACCGUCUUCCGCUGGAAGGUUGGAAAUGUCGGCUUUGGUUAUAGGAGAGUCUUUGGGGGCGUGAAGGUCGUAGCUGAGGAGUUUGAGCUUGAGCUUCUGGGCUGAUGGGGCCAGGGUGCGGUGGAGCUGAGCAUCACCACAGCCUAGAUCGGCAAUGGUGCAUGUGCCGUUGGGUCGUCUCGGUAUCGGUAGUGCCUGGUUCCGUGACUUUUGGUCUGGUUUGUUUCCUUUCCUGGGGGCAUUUGAGAUAGCGGCCCUGGCACGAAUAGCGCUGAUGUAUCCGUGGACAGGGUUUGAGGGCCAAGACUCUUUAACCUGGCGGGAGAAACCUGCGUGGUAUUCUUCGAAGAGUUCGGGGCUCGCAGUGAAGAGCUCGAGGGCUUUCGUCGACGGGGUGGUGUAGAGAGUUUCGUUCAAGUGGCGGAAGCGAGAAGAAAUCAGUUUUUGUCGCAUAGACUGUUGAAGAGGUGUUAGACUGGCCUCUGUCUUCGGAGGCGCUACUGGUAGCGACUCGGUUUGAGGGACGGAAUCGGUAGCCGGUGCAGAUCCUUCGGACUGCUGAGGACCCUUGUUCUUGUUCUUCCUCUUCCUCUUGGAUUUGCCUUCGGUAGCAUCUGAUCCUGUGGGCUCCGUUUCAGGAGCCACUUCGGAGUCUGCGUCUUGUUUGGGACCAUCGUCUUUCUGUUCCUUCUUGCGCUUUUUGUCAGGCCUCACAGAUUUGGCGUUGUUCUGCUUUCCAUGCUUCGCCGGGCCAGUCAGGCCUUCAAUAUGACGGCGGUACAUCGCGUCCACAUUCUUCUUGGUGACCUGAUCAUCCCGCUUGCGCUUCUUCGAUUUGGCGUUUGCAUUCGGUUUGGGCGACUCGGUGGUCUGGGUCUGGGUCUGGGUUUUCACGGGCUCGCUCUGCGGUUUGAGCGCAGAUGCUGAAACUGACCAGCCUGGAACGGCAAACAUGAUAGAAUUGACGAGAGGCAACUGCUUCCGAAAACUGUCCGUGGGAAUCAAGGGACCGUUCCGUUCGAAACCAACUGGGAG